CUUUUACUAGCAUCGGCAAGUCGGAUGGUGGCUACUCUAAGUGGACCUAUGGCCGUAAUAGCAGAAACCGCCAAGGUUACAUAUGCAGCGGCCAUGCAUGGUUUUUGAGUGUUCGAAAUUGUUCCAGUUUGCCUCUUCAACUCGCAUCUGCCUUUGCACUCUCCCCGCGGCGUUUCCCUGCUCCGCGUCUACAAGCAAUGGCUUCUUACGGUAGUGAAGAAAUCAGCAUGGGAGAACUCAACAAAGGAACUUCUACAACAUCGCAAGCGGCUGCGCGCAGGUCAACAAGCUACGAUGACGAAGAUGGCGGCGAAGCGUAUCACGAAUCCAUUCCAGGACACACAAGACAGGAUCGGGCAGACAUGUCGCGCAUGGGAAAGGUACAAGAGCUUAGGAGAAAUUACCGGCCACUGUCAGCCCUCGCAUUCACCGUUAUUCUCCAGGGAACUUGGGAAGUCCUAAUGACCGCAACCUACCAAGGCCUUGUCGAUGGAGGACCAGCUGGUCUCAUUUGGAGUUUUGUCUGGACCUGGUGUGGGUUCAGCUUCGUCAUGCUCUCGCUCGCUGAGAUGGCUUCCAUGGCGCCAACUGCCGGUGGACAGUACCAUUGGGUAUCCGAAUUCGCCCCUCCCAAGUACCAGAAGAUUCUCAGUUACUUCACCGGUUGGCAGUCGACCCUGUCGUGGCAGGCUGGCACGGCAUCGGGGCCAUUCCUCGUUGGCACAUUGAUUCAGUCGUCUGCCGUUGUCAUGUACCCGGAUUACGCGCCUACCAACUGGCAGGGUACACUCAUGGUCAUUGCUGUGGCGAUCUUGGUCUGGGCGCUGAACAUCUGGGGUUCGAAAGCGAUGCCCUUGAUUCAGAACAUCAUGUUGGUUGUCCAUGUGUUUGGGUUCCUGGCCACCAUCAUCGUGUUCUGGGUGCUUUCGCCUCGAGCUACAGCUGAAGUCACAUUCACCAAAUUCACCAAUGGCGGGGGUUGGAGCUCAACGGGGCUGUCAUUGAUGGUCGGCCAGCUGUCCGCCAUCUACGCUUGCAUUUGCUCCGACGCUGCAGCCCACAUGUCUGAGGAAAUCAAAGACGCAGGCAAGACGGUGCCCAAGGCCAUGAUCGGAAGUUACCUUAUGAACGGCGGUCUCGGUCUAAUCUUUCUCAUAAGCUUCAUGUUCAUGAUCACCGACGUCGACGCCGCGCUCAACGAUGUAACCGGGUAUCCCCACAUGUGGGUGUUCGGUCAGGCUGUAUCACCGGGCGGUGUUGUUGCGCUCAACACGAUCCCAACGAUCCUCAUCUUCGCAGGCACGCUAGUCUACAAUCUUUCCACUUCGCGCCAGACUUGGGCUUUUGCACGAGACCAGGGACUCCCUUUCAGCGAAUGGAUCGGCAGAGUAAACCCCAAAUUGCAAGUACCGGCGAACUCCGUCACGAUCACCACCAUCAUCACCAUCGCGCUGUCGUUCAUCAAUAUUGGAUCGGAUGUUGCUUUCAAUGCGAUCAUCUCCCUCAACGUCGUCUCUCUGAUGAUCACCUACGUUGUCAGUAUUGGCUGCGUGCUGUACCGCCGCAUCCGUCAACCCGAGCUUCUCCCCUCGUGCCAAUGGUCGCUCGGUCGCUGGGGCAUCCCGGUCAACAUCAUGGGCGUCCUGUACUCCUUCCACGCCUUCUUCUGGUGCUUCUGGCCCGAGGGUACACCUGUUGCUGCCGAAACCUUCAACUGGGCCGUGGUCAUGUUCUUGGGUGUAGCCGCGUUGAGCAUGGUUGAUUACGCGUUCAGGGGACGCAAGUACUACAAGGGCCCCGUUGUUCUCGUCGAGGGGUACAAGGGCGAAUGAGGGUUGCGUGGGUUUUCUGGGUCAGGGGGAUAGGAUUGUGGAGCUCGUUAUCUGUGCGUAUACUCAUUGUGGGGGGAUGGAAAUUACCGACUCGGUAUCCCGAAGAAAAUAGAACUAGGAAGACGGCUUGGAAAGCAUAAAUAAUACAACAAU